AUGUGGGAUAUAAAGGGCAAUGCAGACCUGUUCGGCGAAUGGGCGGAGGGCUGCGGCGACCUGCUGAACACGGCGCUGCACCCGGUCGCGUUCGCCGGCAAGGUCAUCAGGGACGUCACGGACUUUGCCACCCUGCCCGACAAGUCCUUGGGGCCUCAGAAGGUGUUCACGCUGGAAGAGGUGGCCGCUCUGGACGGGCAGGACGGCCGCCAUCUUUGCCUCAUCAUCUGCGGCAGCGUUUAUGACGUCACGGACUUCGCCGACUUUCACCCGGGCGGGCCGGCGCCGCUGAAGCGGUACGCGGGGCGGGACGCCACGGCCGCGUUCCGCGCCGCCGGCAUGCCGCGCCAGGUCUUCGACGUCUUUCUUAAGAGGUUUCUCGUGGGCACCCUUGUGGGCGUCGAUUUUUCCGCAUCAGGAUGUAUUUAA